AAGGAUAACAUGUAACUUAUGUCGUAUUUGAUGAACAGAUGUCAACUUCAAUCAGUAUUGAUCGGAUCUCUCGAGAAUACAAUAAUGCAUUCAUUUACGUAAUGUACAUAUAGUUGAACCGUUGACAAAAUUAGUUCAGUGUGAAUGUAGAAAUUGCAAUAAAAACCAUUUGUAAUGAAUUAUAUAAAAAAUGUACAUUCUUCUGAAAACCAGAGUAAUAAUGGUAAUCAUAAUCGACGAAUCAUACUUUGCCCACAAGAAAAUUGCUUUGAAACAUUUCCGAAAUACGUAAAUUUACGUCAACAUCUAAUAGCACAACAUGAAGUUAACAUUGAAUUUGAAGAUUUGACUUUUAAUUCAACUGCAGAUUUUGAAAAAUGGAAAAGGCAAGUAGAAAACGAGACACAAUCUCAUUACUCAAUGGAUACAGGAACGAGGCAGUUGUUGAAUGGAGCAAGUAAAAGAACAUACAAUUGCUGUAUCAAAAAACGCAAAAGCAAAAAUAUUGAAACGUGUUUAACUACCAAAACGGGUAGAGCAUGCCCAGCAAGGAUAGAAGUAAUUAUCCACAACGAUAAUCAAUCCACAAUAUCAGUUAAGUUCUGCAAAACUCAUUGCGGCCAUACAGAAAGAAUUGGACAAGUGAAUUGUAACGAAUCCAGCGAUAGAAUUGAAUGCGAAAUGUGCAAGACGAUGUUUUUCAAGCGUCACCGUUUUGAGAAGCACCUUUGUAACGGGGAAGCAAAAAAAGUUAAAAAAAUACCAUGUCCAAAUUGCCAGAAAAUAUUUUCAAAAAGGGCUAAUUUAAGGCGACAUUUAUAUCUGCAUUUGAAGGGAAAAACUUUCGAGUGUCGUCAUUGUAAGAAGCUAUUUCCCCACGAAGACGACAUCGUCAGACAUCUCCUAAUUCAUACAUAUGAUCAGCCGUACAUGUGCAAAGUAUGCGAAAGGUUGUAUUCGCAAGCUGAUGUUUUCGAAGAACAUAUGAAGACGUGUCAGACACCCUUUAGAUGUGACCAAUGUAGUAAAACGUACGCAACAAAAUAUUCCCUCAUAAUCCACAUUAAGUCUGUUCAUAAACAUGAUCCAGAAAUUUCAGAAAAAUGUCAUGUAUGUAACGAACUGUUCACGCACAAGUUUCAGUUGAUCGAACAUAUGAAAUCACACUCUGGAAAUGAAUGUGACGAUUAUCUAGAGGUAACAGAAACCAAAAAUAUUUAUCAGAAAACUAAUAAACGUCUUGUCGCUGAUGAUGAUCAGCAGGGCACAGAAAAUACUGUCGGACCUGUUGCGAAAGUAAAGAAAGAGGAAAUAUUAACUAUAAUUGAUGAACCUCUUCUGAAGUAUGAGGAGAAGUCUGUAAAACUAAGUGAAAGUAUUGUACCUGAAGAAGAACCUGUUAAAGUAAAGAAAGAAGAAAUAUUUACUGCAAUUACUGAACCUUUUGUGAAAUAUGAUAUGAAAUCUGUAGAACUAUGUGAAAGUAUUGUUCCUAAAGAAGAACCCGGUUAAAGUAAAGGAAGAAGAAAUAUUUACUGCAAUUAAGAACUUGUGAAGUUUGAGGCGACAUCUGUAGAACUAAGUGAAAUUGGCAAAACGUAUUCUAUUGCUGAAAUCAAUGAAGAAGGCCUUUAACGUCAACGAAGAAGCCUUUGUAAAUAAUGAAUUAAAAUUCUUAAUAAAGCUGCAAUA